AUGGCUUGCGGAUCUGGCUGUUGCGGCCCGCCCGCGGCGCCUGCUGCUGCCGUCCCGGAGCCGAGCGUGCCUCCACCGGCCGCUGCGACUUCGGACGCUGGAGACGGUGACCGUGGCAGCUGCUGCGGACCGCCGCCGACCGCCUCCGAGAAGAAGGCGGCUGUCAGCGCCACGGAUGAGCCUCAGGACGAUGCGGUCGACGCUUGCUGCGGUGAUGGCGAGCGCGGUGAUUGCUGCAAGCCUGGCACUUCCCAGUCCACCGACGACGGGUGCUGCACCACCAACAAGAGCCAGGCCGGUGCCGGUGCCGUCUCCCAAGUCACUGCACCGUGCAAGGAUGGGUGCUGCACGCCGCCACCUACCGAAGCGAAGAUUGCCAGGUGUGAGAAGAAGUGCUGUGACGAAGAAAGCGGCGAGGGUUGUCGCGCCGAUGCGGUGGCUCCUCCGCCCACCAGCGGCUGCGGCAUCUCGGCCGGCUGUUGUGAGCAGGGGAAGCCGGCUGCUGUGGACCCUAAGAAGGGAUGCCAAGACCAGUGCUGCUCGUCUCAGGAUGACGCAAAGUCGGAGAACCUGAGUUGCAAGGACGAGUGCUGUGGCUCGUCCGAGGAGAAAGCUCUGGAGGCUGAUCCCCGGCCUAGCUGCUGCAAGGGAAAGACGACCCCGUGCUGCGAUACCACUUGUCUGGACCGUAUUGCUCUGCGAGAAUGCAGCGACGGCGAUAGCUCAUGCACUGGUAGCAAGGGCGGCAAGCCCUGCGCUGAUCACUCUCGCAAGACACGCCAGACCUAUGCAUCCAAGCUCGAGGCUCUGGGGUGCAUCUGCCGUGCGCUUAUAGCGCUGGGGCAAGAGUCUUGCUGUCUGCCCCAGGAACGGCCGGUUCGUAAUAGCCGUCCUCGCUCCUCUCGGAGCUCGCGCAGCUCAGUACAGAAGGCUACAUGCGCCGCCACUGGCUGCGCUGACUCUGAGUGCGGCAAAGCUCGGCCGCGAGCGCGCCGCUCUGUAGACAAGAAGACAGAUGAUCGUGCCUGUACCGAUUCUUGCUGCGAUGUGCCUCAACAGGAGCCUCCCGGGGUUGUCGCAGACUCAUCUACAAAGACGACAAGUACCCAGAUUAGAGAUCUGGAGAAAGGGGGAGCGAGCGCUGGCAAGGACCAUGUUAUUCUCAGCAUCUCGGGAAUGACAUGCACAGGGUGCGAGACCAAGCUCAAGAGAACACUCGGCAUGCUUCCCGCUGUUCAGCAGGUCAAGGUCAGCCUGGUCCUUUCCCGGGCCGAGUUCGACCUCACGGGAGAGAUGCCUGCUGCCGACGUCGUGAAGCAUCUCGAAAGGACCACGGAGUUCAAAUUCGAGAGGAUCACCAAUAAGGGCUCCAGCAUCGAGAUCAUAGCCCCAUGGGCCGAUGCUGCUGGCUUUGUGCAGCUACCGUGGCCGCUGGGCGUUACGGAUAUGAGACUUGUCGACGGCGAGACGGUCAACAUCUCGUUCGAUUCGAAAGUCGUCGGCGCGAGGGAUCUCCUCGAAGGUGGUUGGGAAGGUGGCCCGGCCAAUCUCGCACCGCCUCGCCCUGACCCGACUCUUCAAGCCGGCAGCAAGCACGUCCGUAACCUUGGGUACAUGACGCUUGUCUCGGCGAUCCUCACGAUCCCAGUCCUGGUCAUGGCGUGGGCUCCCCUUCCUGAGCACGAGAUUGCGUACGGGUCAGCCUCUCUGGCCUUAGCCACCAUUGUGCAGUUCGCGAUCGGUGGACCUUUCUAUCCCAAAGCACUCAAGGGACUCAUCUUCUCGCGCGUGGUUGAGAUGGACUUGCUCAUUGUUCUCAGCACCAGCGCGGCAUACAUCUUCUCCGUCGUCUCCUUUGGUUACUUGGUCUCGGGACGCCCUCUAUCUUCCGGCGAAUUCUUCGAGACGAGCACUCUGCUUGUCACUCUGAUCAUGGUGGGGAGAUGGGUCAGCGCUUUGGCUCGCCAGAAGGCGGUAGAGUCUAUCUCGAUCCAGUCCCUCCAGACUGGGAAGGCUGUCAUUGUAACCGACACUGGCGACAAGGAGAUCGAUGCGCGGCUCUUGCAGUACGGAGACGUGUUCAAGGUGGCGCCCGAGGCGAGAGUCCCGACUGACGGGACUGUGCUCUCGGGGUCGUCCGAGAUUGACGAGUCGAUGAUCACGGGCGAGUCCGUCCCCGUCGUCAAGCAACCCAAAUCGCCAGUGAUCGCGGGCUCGGUGAACGGCUCAGGGGCGCUCGUGGUCCGCUUGACUCGCGUCCCAGGAGACAAUACGAUCAGCACCAUCGCGACCAUGGUCGACGAGGCCAAGCUCUCCAAGCCCCAGAUACAGGACAUCGCCGACAGAGUUGCUUCGUACUUUGUACCGGUCGUGGUUGUCCUGGCCAUCCUCACGUUUGUCAUCUGGAUCGCUGUCGGAGUCGCGGUGCGCAAGCAAUCUGGCGCCGAAGCCACGAUCCAGGCUAUCACCUACGCCAUCACCGUGCUGAUCGUCUCCUGCCCCUGCGCUAUAGGUCUUGCGGUGCCCAUGGUCAUUGUGAUCGCAAGCGGCGUGGCUGCUGAGAGGGGCGUCGUGUUCAAGUCUGCGGAGGCGAUCCAGGUGGCGCAGGACACCGCGCACGUCGUCUUCGAUAAGACGGGAACGCUGACAGAGGGGAAACUUGCCAUGGCUACUGAGGUGUACAUCGGUGAUGAUAUUGACAACACCAAAGCGCUGUUACUGGGACUGACCGCAGACAUCAAACAUCCCGUUUCGGUUGCCGUGGCGUCCCACCUCAGGUCGCAGGGGGUUGCAGCUGCGGCUUGUUCGGGACAAAAGACUCUUGUCGGCAAAGGUGUCCAGGGCAAGUCGCCAAGCGGAUCUCUGCUUCAAGCUGGGAACUGUCGUUGGUUGUCCAUGGAGUCCAACGCGGCCGUUCAGUCGGUGCUCUCAAACGGCCGCACAGCUUUCUGCUUCGCCAUUGACGGUGCGCCGGCGGCGAUUUUAGGCCUGGAGGACUCUAUCAGACCCGAUGCUGCCUCUACAGUCGACUUCUUAUCUUCCUCCGGCAUCUCAGUCCAUAUCAUCUCUGGCGACGAUCACGGGGCGGUCUGUUCGGUCGCCGCACAGCUUAAUAUACCAGAGGUCAACAUCCGUUCGCGGUGCACACCGGGCGACAAAAAGGAGUAUAUCGAAGGCUUGCUCGCGCAGCGCCGCAACCCCAGAUCAAAGGGUGGAGGCCCGCCAGUCGUCAUCUUCUGCGGCGACGGCACCAACGACGCCGCGGCGCUCGCGCAGGCCACCGUCGGCAUCCACAUGAACGAGGGGGGCACCGACAUCGCGCAGUCGGCGGCCGACGUCGUGCUCAUGCGGCCCGACCUGGGCGGCGUCGCGUCGGCGAUCCGCGUGAGCCGCAGGGCCAUGCGCCGGGUCGCCUUCAACUUUGGCUGGAGCUUCGUCUACAACCUGUUUGCCGUGCUGCUCGGGGCGGGCGCGUUCGUCAAGGCGAGGAUCCCGCCCGAGUUUGCGGGCCUGGGCGAGCUCGUGAGCGUGCUGCCCGUUAUCGCGGCUGCUAUCCUCUUGCGGUGGUCCAAGGUUUAA